UAAAAUUAAUUAUAUAAAAACAGAUAUUUAAAUUACCAGUGGAUAAUGGGGAUUGUUACAUCAUCUAUGUACAGUUGUAUAGUAUUGUCUUGUGACGGCUUUCGAGGUGUGGGCGGUUGUUGCGCGGCCAGCUGCGCGUGCAGCGUGGUGGUGGGCACGCUGCUCAUGCUGGCCUUCGCCGCCGUCUCCGUUGGCUACAACUACUGCUAUGUCGCCACGCGCUCCAACGCUAUUGAUAAUGCAACAAAACCGGACACAGCGUACCACAAGCUAGCCUACGACUGGAUCCUGGGCAACCACGCAGCGGCGGCGGCGGCGAGGCGCGCGGCCGACGAUGCAGCCCCGCAGUUCAGCUCCGACGCCAACGACACCCGCCUCGUCGAGCUGAUGAUGAAGAGGCUGGCCGCUCGCGGGAAGACGGCUAAUAUUACUGUUAGGCUGCUGGCGAAGCUGUGAAGAGGUAAACUUGCCAAUGAUUCAUCGGUGUUGCCAAUUCAUCGGUGCUUUUAAAGGAACUUUAAAACGAAUUCAGCUCUGAUGCCAACGACACCCGCCUAGUUGAGCUGAUGAUGAAGAGGCUUGCAGCUCGUGGGAAGACGGCUAACAUUACUGUUAGGUUGCUGGCGAGGGUGUGAAUAGGUAAACUAGGUGAUUCAUCGGUGCCAACUUCAAAAGUAUUUUUACUUGCCUUUAGGUUACUAGUUACUACUAUAGUAUGGUGUUAUAUUGCAUGCUUGUGCAGUUACUGUCAACUUCAACUGGAAAAUAUAUAAGUAUUUAGGUGUACCUUAAUCCGCUUAAUCGUAAGUUCCGUUAGUAGCCUACGUUACUCUCAGAGACCUACCGAUAUUCUUGCAUGGUCAUUGUCUUUACAUAGGUACAAAAAAUACCUAUCGUACCUUUUCACAUUACAAAUCAGAAGAGGUACUACAGCUGCGUACAUAACAAGUUACGGUGAGUUAUGUCCGGAAUUUACUUAGGACACAAAGAAAGAAACUGGAGGUAGGUUUAGCUGAAAAUGAAAUAUUUCCGCUGUUGUGCUUUGAAUAUAAAACAAGUUUUGAAUAUCCUGAAUUUCCAUUUGGUAUUAAAAAUGUUGAUAAGUGGUAUGGUUGAAAUAUUUUUUAAUUAUUUAACAGUAAAGUACCUAUACCGAGGCGUGAUAUAGAUUUUGUUUGCUCUACCAAUUAUUACCUACUGCAAUAGUAGAUAUGUACCUACUUCAACAAAUAGAACUGCAAAUUGAUGUCGACUUCAGUUUAUUCAAUACCAUAACAUAGAAGCAAAUAAUAAUAAAUUGGUGGUUGAAUAAACUAGAGAGACUUUCCUCAUUUUACAUUUCAGCCAAUUACUCUAAAAGGCCGGAGGCAUGACAAACUAACACAAAAGUGUGAAAAACUGUCUAAAUAUAGCACAUAGCACCUGAAUAGAACAAAACAGCUGGUUCAGUAGGUCUCGAUGUUUGGGUCACGAAGAGUCUCCGAGCGACGCGAAGUGAGCGGCUGUAGGCCCGUCAUUGAGCGCGGGGCGGCGGCGGCGGUGGCGGGGGCGGCACGCAUGCGCCUCCGCCCUACACCAGCCCGAUUACCUUCCGACACACACACAGCCCGUGCAGUAAAUAAUCAGAUACCAAACUUUAAUUGCUUUUCGUUAAUCAAAGCGGCCAGUAUGAGCGCUGCCGUAAUAAUCGCCGCGUUCGGAACAUGAGGCCGUGUGGAGCGCUCAGCAAAUAGAGUUUGUAACGGUAGUGCGGUGAUGUCGGUCGGGUGUGGUGUGCGGCAGUGAGAGAGCGCCGCCGCCAUGCGCUGGCCGCCGCGCUCCGGAGUGCUGCGCGCCAAGCAGCGGGCCAACCUCAGCUUCUUCAUCUUCAUCAUAUUCUUUGUGGUGUUCGGCAUGAUCAUGUUUACUGAGCUGCUUCGCGUCGACUUGCGGGGGCUGCCCAUGAAGUCGCACUAUGACUCGCAGAGCUGGGACACGCGGACGGAGAGUGGCGUGGAGGCCGAGCCGCCGCCGCCCGCGCACGCGCCGCAGGACGCCGUCUGGCAGCCCGUCGCCGGCACGAGGUUCAAGUUCCUGGUGUACUCUGCAUUCGCGGAGAAGCGCACGGUGGCCGCGAUCCGUAUCAUCGCCACGACCAAGACGCGCGUCGCUGACCGUGUCGUCUGCCGCCUGUGGAUGCCCAACAACACCACUUACACGCUCAAGGCUAAAGUUAAGGCGAUCAGAGAAAACUGGAGCAUGAAGUACAGCGCCACAUUCGUCCUCUGCCUGCUGCGGGACUCGGGGCUACGGCCUGACGACACAGUGGGCGCGUCGGUGGCCGUGGUGACUGCCGCUAUGCCGAACCAGCCGCCGACGAAUCUGUUGGUUGUGAGGAGCACUGAUCCUAAGCCAGGGAUUGAGGGCACACUGCACGUGUGCGUAAAACCGCUCCACUAUUCCUACUCCUCGCACGACUGGUUCAUCGAGUGGUUCGAGCUGAACCGCCUGCUCGGCGUGAGUCACUUCUACCUGUACAACGACUCGCUGUCGGCGUCGGUGAGCUGCCUGCUGCGCGACUACCGGCGGGACGGGCUGGUCACGCUGCUGCCCUGGACUACACGGCCGUUUAAUAAUCAAGUGGAUAUUAGAACCGAAAACCAGUUCGCCGCGUUCAACGACUGCCUAUACCGCUCCAUGCCGGCGGCGGGCUGGCUGCUGCUCAUCGACAUCGACGAGCUGGCGCUGCCGCGGCGCGAGCGCACGCUGGGCGCGCUGCUGGCCGCCGUGCGCGCCUCCUACCGCGCGCCCGCCAAGCCGCCCAGCGCGCUGCUCUUUAGGAACGCCUUCUUUUACCGCAUGUGGGAGGACGACAAAGACGCCCCCUACCCUCUCCACACCUCCCUCAAGACACGGCGGCGCGCGCAGCCGCAGGGGCUCAAGAACCGCAGCAAGUAUGCAGUCCGGCCGCAGGACGCCGUGGAGCUGGGCAACCACUUCAUCUGGGAGAUGAUGCCGGGGGCCAUCGCGACCGGGAUACCUACUGAGCGAGCGCUGCUGCACCAUUAUAGGAAAGCGUGUGAGUUCGGCGGCUCGUCCUGCCUGACCAACCCGUCUACAGUGGACCGCACGGCGCACCGCUGGGCCGACGAGCUGCACACGCGAGUCACCGCAAUGACCAAGCGACACGCCUUCAAGUGCUCACACACCGACCGGACAUACAACCAGAGCAGCUACAAGACGAGGCUAGACCAGAACCGGCCAUAGCGGGAGGCGCUCUGAUCGAGAGGAAUCUGACUCGCAGGCCCGAGCUCGUGACUUUUCUGAUUCGAGUAGCGGCAGACAAAAUUAUGGGUUUGUUUUGGAGACUCAAGCUAUUUUUAUGCAGACCGCAGAUGACAAAUUAUACGUGAUACACUAAUAGACAGAAUGCAAUGGAAUUAUUGCUCAAAUUCACUCACAGGCUACGAAUAACAAUACCCUCCCAGGAAACUUUUUGUAACAAAGUGUUGAAGUUAAAUUCAGCUAAGCAAGUACGUGUAGGUACUUUAUCAUGAAUAAGGAAGGCCGAGGAAAGUGCCAAGAUGAUGAAUCCCAGAUGAUUUUGGUGAGACCAAGAGAUCUAGCCUUGGCCCGGUGGUUAUGUUGGGUCGGUGCCAUUAAGAUAUUUUUGAUUGUGAUAUGAUAAUCCUUACAUGUCAAAGAGUAGGCCUCUAGAUAACCACUAUUAUAAAACUCUAGGGGCCUUUAGCUUUAAUUACUUACCCACAAAUUAAGAUUGGUGUAAAUAGCCGAUGCUUAAAUUCAGGAUUUGCUUACACGGCAGAUCACUGAUCACUUUUGUUGGUAAAAAUAGUCACUGUUCCCGCUAAUAAUUUGAAAUCAAUUAUGACUAUUUAUGACCCAGAUACUCAUUUAGAUUCCGUUAUUAUUUUGUUUUAAUCAUCACCAACUUUUCUUGAUACAAUAGAAAACACUAAGUUUAAUUUAGGUUAGGCAUUUCACAUUCCUUACCAAUAAUUAACCUUAUUUUAACCUGGCUGAUGAUAAUAAGAUAAAAGGGCUAAUAUAAUAUUUUAUGUACCUCUACCUACCUACACCAAUAUACCUACAUAUAAUUAUAAUAUGAGAUAUGCUCAGCUAACGAGAUAUUCGUAAGCGAAUGUUAUUUACAAAGUCUUUUUAAUUAUUGUUGUACAUAGAUAUUAUGUUUUUAUGUGUACAGUAUUACUUGUAAAUAUAAGAUAUUAAAAAUACUUUCAUAAAUGG